UUCUUAUCGCGGCGAACAUGAAGCACGAGAACAAAUGGGGACUGGAAGAUCUGGAUGAGACGCCAUACAAGGCCGCGGGGUCCCCUCGGCACGCUGCGAUGACGAUCGAGGAGCAGCAAACCAAGCAUGAAGGGACGCUGGAGGAAAUCCUGGCAGGGGCCAAGCGAAUCAAGAACACAGCGGGGGGGUUGAACAAUGAAGUCGUGGCACAGAACCAUCUCAUCCAAGACAUCUCCCAGGUACGAAUCUUCCAUGUCCUCGCUUGCUUUACCAAGCAUUGGAUCAACGUACAUUUCACCCGCCGCCGCCCUAUGUACCUCGUUCAAUAUUAGAAUGCAACGCAAGCGACUUCGGAAGUCGAACGCCAGGCCAGUGUCGCCGCCGCCGUCACGAAAAAGCGCAAGCAGCUGUGUUUCUACUACACGAUCAUCGUGGUGUUGAUUGUCGUCCUCUUUCUCAUCUUAUACCUAUAAUCAACCUCGAGUUACAAUGGCUUGCAUGACGAA